CCGCAUCCAAAGGUCCAAAAAGACAAAAAAAUAAAAACAAAGAAAAAUCAAAAAGGCGAUAGAAGCGACCCAAAACCCCCCCUCUUCAGACUCUCCAAUCCCAAACACAAACCAUUCGAUCGCGAGCGAGGCGAGGGGCGAUCGAACCAUGGAGGUGGUGCCAACGACGGCCGGCGGCGGCGGCGGGAUAGGCUACGCGGAUUCGGUGGAAUCUUCGCCCCGCUCCCGCGGCGGCGAGUCCUGGGACGAGCCCUUCCCGUCCUCCGCCGCCGCGGCCUCCCGCCUCCGCCUUAUGUGCAGCUACGGCGGUCGCAUCGUCCCCCGCCCCACUGACAGGUCCCUCUGCUACCUCGGCGGCGAGACACGGAUCGUCGUCGUCGACCGCCAGUCCUCCCUCGCCGAUCUCUCGGCCAAGCUCUCCCGGAGCCUCCUUGGCGGCCGCUCCUUCUCCCUCAAGUACCAGCUCCCCAACGAGGACCUCGACUCCCUUAUCUCCGUCACCACGGACGAGGACCUGGACAACAUGAUCGAGGAGUACGACCGCAUCCUUCAGUCAUCCCCCGCUGGCGCGGCCGCCCCUGGUGGGGGUGGUGGCAACACCGUCUCCACCCGUUCCAACCGCCUUCGUCUCUUUCUCUUCCCCUCGAACCCGGACUCGGCCUCCGCCUCCUCAUCGAUCGGAUCCCUCCUAGACGACUCCAAGUCUGAGACUUGGUUCGUCGACGCCCUCAACAGCGCCAUGGGCGGCGGCAUCGACGGUCUCUCCGCCGACUCCGCCUCCGUCAACUGCCUUCUCGGCCUCGAGGACGAUUCCUCCACCCACUCCCGCGGCGUCGGCGUCGGCAGCGGAGGCCCUGCCGGCGGCGCCGCCUCCGAGCCCGAGCGGCUCAUCCUCCCCCGCCCGGACUCCUCCGGGAAGCUCGCGCGCCACAGCCACGAUGUCCACUCCGUCCCCGACUCCCCGAUGCUCGACACCACCUCCUCCUUCGGGUCCACCUCCUCUGCUCCCUCUCUCUCCCAUCUGCCCCCGAUCCGCGUCCGCCCCGAGGAUCGCCCCCCCGAUCAGCGGAUCGGUGGCCUCGACGACCACUUCGCCCACAUGAACCUCUCCUCCGCCGCCGCCGUCUCCGGCCAGCGGCCGGACGAGGGCUACAAAGACUCGAACUUUCCUCCCCACUACCCCUCUCCUCCUCCUAUUCCCCUUCCCACCGGCUCCUCCUCCACUCCCACCAUCUCCCCCACCGAAAACUCCGGCCGUGUCUACUCCGACGACGAUAAGUCCGACCAUGGCGGCGUCCGCAAACCGCUGCCCCCUCCUCAGCCUAAGCCUACUCCGAUCGACGCCCCCAUCUCCGACUCCACCACCAGAGCUAUGUACUAUCCAGACAGAGCUUCUUCCGCUGCCAGCGCCGUCAACCCGGUAUCGGAACCAAGACGGGAAUUGCCUGGCUCCGCCGACCCAAGCUAUAGAGUUCCGAUGCCGGUACCUGAUUCCGGCUAUGUUCUGCCACCUGUGCAUCGGGAACAGCUCCAACAGCCACAGCAGCCACAGCAGCAGCAGCAGCAGCAGCAGCAGCAGCAGCAGCAGUUCAUUCCGGCCAACCCCCAUUACAUCCACCACCCGGCCACCGGCAACGUCGUCCCCGUCUCCUCCUACUACCCCAUUGCCCACCCAAUUCAACAAUCACAGCAGGCCCCCCAUCCCUAUGAUUCCCAGAUUCCCAUGUACUUCCUGCCUGUCCGCCAGAACCCGCCACCCUACAAUAUUGCGGCGAUGCCGCCCAAUUUGGCGGACCCGGCUGCCGCAAAGCCCGCCGGGUCGCUUCCUAGGACCACCGUGAGGCCUGAAUUGCCGGCAAAUUUGUAUAGGACUGCGGCCGCCUCCGCGCCGCCCCCUGCUGCAUUGCAGCCGGCCCAGCCUCCGCCGCCUCUGAUCCGUAUGGCAGCCGAUCAGGUCCCCCACCAGUACGCCGGAAUGGGAUAUCAUGUCAUGCACCACCACCACCCAUCUCAGGCCCCAGCAGCAAUGGCCAAUUAUGGCUACGAAUACGCUGACCCAGCCCAUGCUCAGAUGUACUACUCUCAGGCUGCUCCGCCCCCUCAGUAUCAUACAGUGACCUCCGCGGCGGUCAUCCCUGAUGCAGCGCCGGGAGAUGUGAAGCAGGCUAGAGCAUCAUGAUCACUAGUUGUUAUCGAGCUCUUGGAGGGAGAUUUUGGUGGUGGCGUGGGAAAUAUUAUAGUAGGCUCUCUUUCUCCCUCUUUUAAGUCAUAUAAACUCUGUUAUCACUCUGUUUUGAUUUGAUAUCGGGGAGUGUCGUCCAGUAUUGUCAUAAUGUUGUGUGUUGGUAUUAUGUUUGUCUAUGUUGUAGGAAUAAGGGGAAUUGGGUGAUGAAAGAGUCUACUCUGCUUGUGUUUAUGCUGUCAUUAUUCUGCUCUUUGUGGCGUAAAGUGUUAUGCUGGUCUAUUGGUGUCUUUGAAUAAAUAUACAGCAGUCCUGGAAUGAGAUCUCUAUGUAUAUAAGAAUAAUCAACCUUCAGAAAGAACAUUUUUAGCUUUUUUUU